AAUACUCUCACAGCAGUGGAAACUGAAGUUUUUUAAUUGUGACUCCGUCCCAGCGAGGGACCAGCUCAUUCUGCCCCACAGAGAGCUCAACCCUACCACUCCAGUGCUAAGCUGAAGACUUUAAGAGGAACACCACGUCUCGAAGGACAUUUUUUUUCUCCCUCAAGAGCAGGGAGGUAGUUUCUAUAAAGUAUGGGAGACUAUGAUGAAGACACUGCAUUCCUUGGGCAAACUGGUCCUUACUUCUGGACUACAUUCUUUCUCCUGAACACAAUUUUUGUGUCAACUGGAUUCAACGGACUCUACAUUGUGUUUGUUGGAGCAGCUCCGAAGCACCACUGCCUCAUUCCAGACGUCAACCUCACUGAUGAGUGGAGAGAUGCCAUUAUUCCCGUCACGAUAGUGGACGAUGCGGAGGUUCAGAGCCAGUGCAGCAGAUACAAGCUGGAUGUGGUCAGAAAUCUGUCUACAGAAGGAUUGGUACCUGGAAGGGAUGUAAACAUCACUAACCUGGAGCAGGAGAGAUGUUUGGAUGGAUGGACCUACAGCAAAGAUAUCUACCAAUCCACUAUUGUCACUGAGUGGGACCUUGUUUGUGACAACCAGUGGAAAGUUCCUUUUGCAUCCUCCACCCUCUUUGUGGGAUACCUUGUUGGAUCCCUAAUCUCAGGCCAGCUUUCUGACAGGUAUGGGAGGAAGAAAGUCGUUUUCAUCUCUCUCGGGGCCCAGUGUCUCUCGGUCCUGCUUCAGUCCUUCUCACAUUCAUGGAGGAUGUUCUGCAUCAUGUUCCUCUUUGUUGGAGCCUCCCAGAUUUCCAUCUACAUCUCUGCAUUUGUACUAGGCACGGAGGUGUUGAGCAAAACCAUGCGAGUGCUCUUCACGACCCUCGGGGCCUUCCUCUUCUAUUGCAUCGGGUACAUGACCUUACCCUGGAUUGCAUACGGUAUCAGAGAAUGGAGGACUCUACUCGCCGUUCUGUCAGCAACUUCUGUGGUUUACAUCCCUCUGUGGUGGUUCAUCCCAGAGUCUCCUCGAUGGCUGAUCACUCAGGGAAGAGUAGAAGAGGCAGAGCCCAUUGUGAGAGAUGCUGCAAGGAGAAAUAAAGUGGAAGCUCCAGCUAUAAUCUUCAAAGAAUCUGAGCUGCAAGAAAUGUCUCCCAGCAGGACUUACACCAUGCUUGAUAUUUUGAAAUCCAAGAACAUCAGAUGCAUCACACUGAUGUGCCUCAUUUUGUGGAUGGCUAUAAAUAUCGGGUAUUUUGGAUUAUCCCUCAACACCUCCAACCUGAGUGGCAACCCCUUCAUGAACUGCUUCUUGUCAGCUACUGCUGAAGUUCCUGCUUAUGUGGUUUCUACUUGGCUGCUGAAGAAAUGUCCCAGGAGGGUACUUCUGUCAUCGUUCCUCGUCAUCGGAGGAGGAGUUCUUCUGCUCAUCCAGUUCAUCCCUGACACUCUUCAGCAUGUCGCUCUGGCACUGGAGAUGACUGGGAAGUUUGGCUUCACCAUGGCCUUCAGCAUCGUCUACAUCUACACCGCCGAGAUCUACCCCACUGUACUGAGGAACGUUGGCAUGGGAAUGUGCUCUUCUGCUGCACGCAUUGGCAGCAUCACAGCUCCUUAUGUCAUUUAUUUAGGUACAUAUAAUAAGGUUUUGCCUUAUAUUCUAAUGGGAAGUCUCACUAUUGCCUCCUCUGUGGUUAACUUGUUCCUACCGGAGACCCUCCACAAAGAUCUUCCGGAGACAGUUGAGCAAAUGCAAGAAUGUCAGGGGGUGUGCAGUGGAGCCAAAAAGGAGAAACAUGUUGAAAACGGAGCUAUGGGCAACCUGCCUAUACAGCAUGAGGCCAAAUCUGAUGUGCAAACUCUUACGCUUUAGUUUUUUGUAAUCUCUUUAUAUUCAAUUUAUAACUGUAGGACACUAGUUUACAGAGUUCAUAUGGUGUAAUGCUCAUAUGAUCCCAUGUUUAAAUAUGUUAAUUUGUGUUCUAUAGCCAUGAAAAUGUUUGUAAUAGGAAGUGUGACAUGUGAAGGUGUCAGAAAGUCUAGAUUUGGUGUGCCUCUCUAUGACAUUUAAUGUUUCCAGCUGGGGUUAAAGCUUGCAGGAGAUAAACCAGGAGGAGCCAGAUGUUUCCAUCAGGGUAUUACAUGAACUGUCACUGUUUUGUCUUUGUCGUUUUGUCUACUACCUGUACUGGAACAUAGUUGCUGUGACUCAAGCUUGUUAAAUAAAUAAGUGAAUUGAACAUUCAA